UUUCAGGAUGGUAUGUUGCUCUUGAUGUGAUGAUAUCCUGAAUUUCGAAAAUGUCUCUUCAAGCAAUGGAUAUUGUUCUGAUAUGCUUAGGCUCUGUUGUAUUAUUCCUAGCUUUAUUUGCUUUUCUGCUAUAUCUAUUCAUCAAGCAAAGGAAGUGGCAACAGAAGCCGACAGCAACGCAAAAUGUCGCCAGAAAUUACUAUCUAAAUCGACCACCGUCAAUCACAUCGUCGUUAAAAAACGGUGCAGCUCCUACCAUCGUCACUGUCAACCCACCUAAUGAGACGUACUUGCGUAAUGGCGGAACUCAAGAGCGACGGAAACGUCCUGAAAAUCGCGAAAAUGGAGAGUUGGUCGUGGAGAAGGUGUCUGAAACUAAGGAUGUAAAAAAUAAUGAGGAAGUACAUCAUUCUCCAGGUGCAAACUCUCUUAAACGACAAAAUAGGCCUUGCAAAAUCAAGCUCACCCCGGAUGUGGCAGUGGCUGCACAAGCUGAAGCCGUGCAAACAGAACAUACAGUGUCAGACUUCUUAGAAGACCUGAAAAAAAUACGAGACGGGAACGAUUCAGUACUUUACGAAGAGUUUCAGAUACUCGAGACAAAAGAAGCAGCAAGGGGAAGGAAUUGCUCAGUUGCCGAACGAGAACGAACACGAAACCGAUUCAUAGAUAUUUUGCCAAACGAUGAUACGCGAGUAAUCCUUCGAGGACCAGUCGAUUACAUUAAUGCCAGCUUGAUAGAUGGCUACAAAAAUGCCGGACAAUUCAUUGCCACACAAGGACCUGUCGGUCCAGAAGAAGUCUCUGACGGUAGGAAAGAGAGCACGGUGGACGAUUUCUGGAGAAUGAUCUGGGAGAAGAAUGUGCAAUGCGUGCUAAUGCUUACUGAUUGUGUGGAAAAUAUGAGGCAACGAUGUACUCAAUACUGGCCUGAGUUGGGUGAGUCACGAAAGUUUGGCGAUGUGGAUGUGGAAUUGCGUUCCGAAUCCGUCGAUCCUGUCUGUACUCAUCGAGAGCUGGACAUCAAAAAAGGUGUUGAGACAAAAGAGGUCUCACAAUACCACUUCCUAAAUUGGAAAGAUGCCAAAGGUCCAGAAUCUACGGGUCAUUUGCUCGAUUUUAUUGAACGGGUGAUGAACAAACAGUACCGGAAGCCAAUUGUCGUUCACUGCAGUGCCGGCGUUGGUCGAACGGGGGUACUGAUUGCAUUAUGGCGAUUAAUCGAACGAGCACGGACAGAGCAUGUAAUCGACAUUUUCGGUACCGUCGAUGCCCUUCGAAAGCAACGUAGCCGUAUGGUGCAAACACCUGAACAAUACCUCACAUUGUACGAAGCAUUAUCACUUGCAAUUGUCGAAGAACGAUUAUAGUAUAUGCCUUUUCUACCAAUACGGAUUGAAGAAGACUUAUCGAUUUAUUCACAUAUCCAUAGUUUGUAUAUACAUUUGUGUACGGAAAGCAAUAAGGGAGAUGCAUUUUUGAAUAUGAACGAUUGAAUUGCCUGUUUACACUGUUCAUGUCGACAGAGAUGCUAGAUGAUAAAAAAGUAAAGCUUGUGGUGUAG